AUGUCAGCGAAUCGCCAUAUUACGGGCGGCUUCAAGCAGGAAUCUGGAGUACAUCCUGUAAGUAUUGUUCUCUUCUUUGUCUUUCUCCUUACCAUCAUCGUGCGAAUCCUCGAAAGCGAUUUCUUCAACAAGAGGAAACCUGUCAUUGAAGCGCAACCAAAUACCAAGCUGGAUCAAUAUCGAUCGCGUCGCGGCUACAAACGCGCCUGGCAGACCUAG